AUGGCCGCCGACAUUGAAUCAAAACUCAACAAAUUUCUGAAAGAAGGUAAAUUUGCGUUGCAGAUUGAUGAAUCAACUGUGAUAGAUAACAAAGCUGUUUUAGCUUACGUCAGAUUCAUAAAUGAGAGUAAGGAGAUUAGCGAGGAAAUGUUGUUUACAAGAACUUUGUACACAGAUACAAAAGUAUCGUCGAUUUUUAAAUUGGUCAAAGAUUAUUUUGAGGUAAAAGAAAUUCCCCUCACAAAUGUAAGUGCUUGUGCAACAGAUGGUGCUCCAACCAUGUCUGGUUGUCAUACUGGGUUUCUGGGUCACCUUAAAAACGAAGUACCGGAAGUUAUCUCACCAUUCAUUACGUCAUUCAUCGUCAACUUUUGGCUGCGAAAAAUUGGUUAUUUCUGGCAUCACUGUGAGAUGGCUUUCAAAAGGAAACUGAGCCGUUUCUUCGAAUUGCUGGAUUCGGUUACUGAGUUUCUCGACACCACUGAUCCUGUUUUAAGUGAGAGUUUGAAGCAACGCAAGUUGGAAAUUGCGUACCUCAUUCAUAGUCUUGAAAAAAUGAAGGAAAUCAACACUGAGAUUUUAGAUUUAAAGUAUGACUGUGAAGCUAAAGUCAUCUUUAAAGAAUACGGUUACGAGUUAGCUUGGAUAAAGCUUAUGGACACUUAUCCACAAUUGUGGAAGCAAACUGAGCCGCUUCUCAUCUCGUUCCCGUCAACAUAUUUAGUAGAGACAGGAUUUAGUUCUGUCUUCCAGCUGCUCACAAUGCAAAGAGAAAGGUUGGACAUUUGCUUCAAAGGAGACCCAAAUUUAAAUCAGAGGAGCAUAAAACCUGACACUCAAGCUUUAACUUGA